UGUCUGUCCGGGGAAAAAAUUUUUCACAAAGAAAUCUAGACUUGAUACACAUAUGAUAAUUCACACUGGUGAGAAGCCUUUUUCUUGUAGCAUUUGUAACAAGAAUUUUACUCGAAAGAGUGAUUUGACUUCUCACAUCAGAAUUCACACUGGUGAGAAGCCUUUUUCUUGUAGCAUUUGUAACAAGAAUUUUACUCGAAAGAGUGAUUUGACAUCUCACAUCAGAAUUCACACUGGUGAGAAACCUUUUGAAUGUUUGUCCUGUGGAAAAAGCUUCACUAACAAAUCUAAUCUUGAUAAACACAUCAGAGUUCACACUGGUGAGAAACCUUUUGAAUGUCUGUCCUGUGGAAAAAGUUUCACUCAGAAAUCUAAUCUUGAUACACACAUCAGAAUUCACGCUGUUGAGAAGCCUUUUUCCUGUAACAUUUGUAACAAUAAAUUUAAUCAAAAGGGUAAUUUGACUUCUCACAUGAGAAUUCACACAGGUGUGAAGCCUUUUGCAUGUCUGACCUGUGGAAAAAGCUUCACUGUCAAAUCUCAUCUUGAUAGGCACAUCACAAUUCACACGGGUGUGAAGCCUUUUAAAUGUCCGUCCUGUGGAAAAAGUUUCACCUCUGAGUCUGAUCUUAAUAAACACAUCAGAGUUCACACUGGUGAGAAACCUUUUCAAUGUGUGUCCUGUGGAAAAAGCUUCACUAACAAAUCUAAUCUCGAUACACACAUCAGAGUUCAUACUGGUGAGAAGCCUUUUGAAUGUCUGUACUGUGGAAAAAGCUUCACUAACAAAUCUAAUCUCGAUACACACAUCAGAGUUCACACGGGUGUGAAGCCUUUUAAAUGUCCGUCCUGUGAAAAAAGUUUCACCUCUAAGUCUGAUCUUAAUAAACACAUCAGAGUUCACACUGGUGAGAAGCCUUUUGAAUGUCUGUCCUGUGGAAAAAGCUUCACUAACAAAUUUAAUCUCGAUAAACACAUCAGAGUUCAUACUGGUGAGAAACCUUUUGAAUGUCUGUCCUGUGGAAAAAGCUUCACUAACAAAUUUAAUCUUGAUAGACACAUCACAAUUCACUCAGGUGUGAAGCCUUUUAAAUGUCCGUCCUGUGGAAAAAGUUUCACCUCUAAGUCUGAUCUUAAUAAACACAUCAGAGUUAACACUGGUGAGAAACCUUUUGAAUGUCUGUCCUGUGGAAAAAGCUUCACUAACAAAUCUAAUCUCGAUAAACACAUCAGAGUUCACACGGGUGUGAAGCCUUUUAAAUGUCCGUCCUGUGAAAAAAGGUUCACCUCUAAGUCUGAUCUUAAUAAACACAUCAGAGUUCACACUGGUGAGAAGCCUUUUUCCUGUACCAUGUGUAACAGUACAUUUACUCAAAAGAGCAGUUUGACUUCUCACAUGAGAAUUCACACAGGUGUGAAGCCUUUUGAAUAAGUCACAGCAGUUAGAUGCCACAGGAAUGAACAGUAGAGGUGUUUACCAUGUUUGAUUGUUGAUAAAAUGUCCAUCUAGAAACUCCUUCACCUCAUUAUAUAAGAAACUCACGGGUUAAUGUCCUUUUUUUGAGGCAAGUUUUGAGAAAGCCAUUAAUCAACAGCUCUGUUUACAUAGAAACUAGAACAGAUAAAGUGUUAUGUAGUAAAUCUGGUAAAUACACAGGUCCUAUGAUUUAUUUUUAUUUGUUUUUUUGUUUUGUUUUUUUAUUGCCAAUAUGUAAACUGUACCUGUUCUUUUCAUGAUAGUCUGAACAAUACAAAUCUUAUUUUGCAACAAUAGUUCUGGACCAUUUAUAGAAGAAGUGAGAAUGUUAAAGUUUUUGAUGA